AUGUCUCACUCCAGCAAGGCCGCAUCCAUCGGCGGCUCCGACUUUGGGAAGUUGACUCUCGGCGCCUCUUCUGGCAGCAGUCGCAGCGACGAGAUGAAGACUCGAUCCAUGACCAGGAAAGCCGCCGCCAAGGUCGUUCCAGCAUCAUCCUCAGGCCAGCGUAGAGGAAACGCUCCAGUCGCAGGACCAUCGCGACGAGGAGUGAAAGGGUCGACAGGUCGCACAUCAGCGGGACGCAAGGACGAAGACGACGAAGACGACGACGAUGAGAACGACUCAGACGACAGCGACGAAAGCAGUUCAGAAGACGACGACGAUCGACCGACGCAACCGCGCGUAUCUUCACCACCGCAGAUCUCCACCCGCGAUCGUCUACGCUUGAUCAUGUCCGCCUACGAUCCUAGCCAGCGCUCGCCGAUCGAGUUUACAUAUCAGAGCGACAGAGACCUUCCAGAAGCAAGCCGCACAUAUCGCGCUCAAAUCGACGACUUCUCCCGCCUGAUCACCUCCCCCGAAGCGCUCGAACCCUUUGUCCGCCGCCUGCACAUCAGCAGUCCCAUGUGGGGCUCGCUCAUCGUGCGCGCCCAAGAGAACCGCAUGCGAACAACCAUGGCAUCCUACCUCGCCAACAGCCCACAGACUCCCCGUCAAGACGCCAUCGACACAAUCAGCGAGUUCAACAAACUCUUCGUCUCGAUCGAGUCGCUGCUCCUCCAGCCCGUCUUCCGCACCAUGGACUCCAACGCACGCAACAACCUCGCUCUUCUCACGAUGCAGAUCCUCGAAUUCAUCGUCGCGCAGAACACAGAUGCGAGGGGUUCGGUCGGCGUGCCGUACGCCGGCGGGACGAGGCAUCACGAGUACAAUCUGUACAUGCGCUUCGCGAGGUCGGAGUGGAACGUGACGAUGGCGAAGCUGAACACGAUGGUCACGCCGCCGGAUGUACGCGCGAUGUUCAUGAGGCCGAAUACAUGGGCGUGUCUGAUGCGAGCGUAUCAGACGGUCGUGCAGAGGCAUCCGCCGCCCGUGCCGGGGGACGUGGGAGACUUUUAUGCGAGUCUGAGGACCUUGGUGGGGAGAUUAUCGAGUGAGUUUGCGUCGUUCCACGAGACGAUCGAGUGGUCGUGCUGA